UUAAGGAAAACACUAGACGAGGUCUUUAUGCCUUCGAGAUGUGGAGCUACCGUCGCAUGCUGCGAUUAAGUUGGACUCAGAAAGUCACCAAUAUGAAGGUUCUCCAACGCGUCGGUAUAUCCAGGAAAUUGAAGCAAACUGUCAAUAAACGGAAAGUAGCGUAUUUGGGGCAUAUUCUUAGGAGUGAAAGAUACCAGCUGCUUCAAUUAAUUUGGAUGGCCAAAAUUGAAGGGAGAAGACGUCGAGAAAGGAGGAGGUCGUGGCUGGGGAACAUCCGCGAAUGGACCGGCGUUACAACCGAAGAACAGCUGUUUCGUCUUGCUUCUGACAGAGAAGAGUUCUCAAAGCUGACGGCCAACGUCCAGUAA